CAUAACGGUACGGCGCGAGAUUUGAAUUAAUUUAAAUUGUCUUGCGUUUAUAAAACUUCGGAUUAUUCACAUUUCGGCAUAAUACAUCGAGGUUUAAAUAGUUAAAUAUAAUGUAGAAAAAUACAGGAAACGAUACAGUUCUUGUUGUUUCGUCGCUAAGGAGAUAUUUCUGAAAUCUUCGUUUUUCGCUCAAAAGAAUUUAUUUCAAGAUGGAACUUUCAAUGUGUGGAAAUAUUCAACGCUGUUUAAUUCUUUUGUGUUUUAUUUUCCUCUCCAGAGGAGAGAAGUUGAUUGGAAAUGAAAAUAACCAUAGUUUGAAGAAACAAGAGCUGAAACAACGUAUGGAUACUCCUUCUGAGCUUAAAGCAAACAGACGCGAUUCACCAUACAGUAUUGUCAAGCGCAGCGCCACAAACACCGUUGAUAUUGCAAUGUUUACGGACAGUUCCGCUCCAGGAAAAACAUUUACAGUUUAUGUAGACAAUACAAUGACACGCCUUAUCAUCGAAGUGAAAGUAGAAAGAUCAAAUCCAGUUGCAAUUGUUACUAGACCUUCAGGUAUACCAGGUCCACGUCCUAAUCUAAAUGGUACAGCAAGUACAGGGACAGUUACAGCAACUAUAGAAGCAAAUAUUUCUGCGGCUGACUAUGGGAUAUGGAAGAUAAACAAAUUAGACUCAAAUAUUUGGACAGUAAAGGUCCGAGGCGAGAGCCCUUUGGAUUUCUCUCAUCAGUUCUUAGAAGGAAGUUUUAUACAGGUUCCAAUUACGGGAGAACCUGUGCAAGGUAAAACCUAUAAGACUGUUAUAACAGUAUCGGAGUAUGCGACAAUACAAAAAGUUGACAUGGUACUAUUGUUUGUUACUGAAAAGUCCUCUCCAGCAAACAUGAUGUUCCCGACAGAAAAAGGAGGAGGAAAGUACGAAGUAGCAUCUCUUAAAAUGUUGGACAAGGAUUUUAUGAUUGGAAUACAGGGAAAAGAUAAGGCUGGCAACUUUUUCCGGCGAAUUGCUGUUAUCAAGCCAGUUGCGUUAAUCCUUACGGUACCUUCGUUUGCUGGUUCUGGUGAAAAACUGUACGAGAAUACGAAGCUGGAUAUACCAUUUACUGUAGUCAACAAGUUGUCAAAAGAUCAAGACAUUGAUGUAAGAAUUCAGGACACCCAGGGCUUUGCUGAAGCACCGACAAUCAUUUCUGCUACGCUUAAACCUGGGGAAAACAUCACUGGGAAAUUUGUGAUAACAGGUGGACUGUUGGGAGUAUCUACGGAUGUUACAAUUACAGCUAAACCUUACCUCGGGCAUGGGAAAGUCUCACAUGGACCUUCUGAAGCAUGGACUUUCACAGUAGAAAGAAAUCAGACAACAACUACAUCGACAUCAUCAUCAUCAUCAUCAACAACAACAACAACAACAACAACAACAACAACACCUACGAGCACGUCUACGUCGAGUACUGUAACAACAAAACCUACAACAGCCUCAAGUUUAGCGUCUUCUUCAACCAAGCCAGCAUCGACCGCAACAAACGCGACGGCUACGGUGUCUAGUACAAGUUUUUCAUCAAGUGCUUCAGCUUCAGCUCCAGCAGCAUCAUCUGUGUCAAAUUCGGUUUCUCCUACUGGUUCAAAAACUACGCCAGCUAGUAAACCAUUAGCAACUGGGUCGACUCUUUCUUCAGCCAGUCACAGCACACAAGCGACCACUGCAAGUUCAUCAAAUCAGCCACUAGGACGUUCAAAAUCCGUUACUACCACCGUAGUUGCAACAACUCAACAUACAUCUUCAUCGGGCUCAGUAUCAGCACAGACAACUAAACUGACUGGUGGAAUAGUUUCAACAACCAGUGGUUCCGCGUCUACGAAAUCUGUUCCUGCUGCAAGUGGUAAAUCUUCAAAUGCGCCAGCCACAAUUAAAUCAGUUUCUACUACAAAUGGAAAAUCCACGAUCCCACCAGUAUCGCACCAUGCUGCAGUUUCAGCGUCAUCUGCCCACUCUCAGAUUGCCGGUAAGACAACAAUUGCUGCAGCAGAUGGAGAUAAGGACGAAACAACGUUUAGCAAAGGAGAAGUAUUUGGAGCGGCUAUAGUGUCUGGGGUAUCUGCUGGAGUCCUUAUAGGAGUAGCGGCGUUGGUGACAAUGGGUUUGGUGUUCAAACAUUCUAUCAACAAGGGGAAAGUGACUCCCGAUGAGAAGAAACAGAGAACGCUAUCGGAACAUAACCAGUUAGCAUGGACAUAAUCGUUUAAAAUUAUUUAUGUUUUGUGGACUGAAUCAGAAGUUAAACUAUUAUUCACCCAUAUUUUGUAUCUCAAAUAUCUCACCUUUAAUGUGACAGCGGUCAAUGUUAAAAUGUGUUUAAGAUGGCUUUCUAAGUUGACGAGGGAAUCACGUUUUUCUACGGAAUCUAUCCAGUGUGCUAAGUUUCUUUAAAAAUAAUAUCUGAAUUUAUUUCAGAACAAGAACAUUUUAAAACGUAUAGAAAAAAAUAUUGACGUUAUUUGAAAAAUAUUGAAUUCCUGUUUUCGUUACUUGAUUCACUUACAUUCGCAGACGUUUUGGUUCACUUACUCUGUUAACAGCGUAUUUUUCAAUAACUUCUUUUUAGUUUUUUGUAGGAAACUAAAUUUGUCGAACAUUGGCCCAACAAAUAAAAUAAUUUGUAUAAUAUUUAUUUUUUUCUAUAACAGUACCUGCUUUUCAAUGUAAUAUCUACGUUUUUUAUAAUUUACUAAAAACAAUCGCCUAAAAGUAACAUAACUGACCUUUUAGAGGUGAUUUUCGAGACUUCACAUACUGUCAGAUAAUGGUUUUAAAGUAAGCUUUUGUUCGAUUUCAGUUCCGUUUGUCUGUGUAAAAUAUAGCUUUGUUUCAGCAAACAAAUGCUUACUGGACAUCUCUUUACUUAAAGGCAAUGGCGUCCAGAUUUUGACUAAAAUUCAUCUUUCUUUAAAAUUGAAGUUGUUUAUAUAAUGAACAUUAGAAUAUGAGUUUUUGUUUCUAAACUGUUUUCAAAAUGCCAAAUCAAGACGAAAAAGCUGACCGAGUCGGGAUUCGAACCUGGGCUGUCGCGGCAAUAAAAACUUCGCUGCUGUCUUUACCAGUACUCUACGGAGGUAUUUAACGAUCAUAAGAUAUAGAUAUUUAUAAUUAAGGCAGUUUACCCUAAGUAAAGCGUUACAAACGCUUUUCAAUUUUCAGUGUAAAAAUAGCAAAAACAACUAACUCUCACGUGUUUCCAUAACAUAUAGUGUCAGUAAAUAAGUUUCAAAGCCUUCUUAAGAAAUAAAGCAUUAAUCUCCUGAUACCUAAACAUUUUCUCUUCUUUUUUUGUUUCCGUACGAUCUGGAGGCCAGUGCCUAUAAAUAAUUUCCAAUACAUUGCCGAAAAGGUGUUUUAUUUCUGAUAACAUUAUCUUUGUAUAAUUUAUAAUUUUAUUGAAUGUUUGCAUCAAACUUUUUUUUUAUAUAUCAAAAGUACGUUAUUUAUAUAAACUUGUAUGAAUGGGACAAAUAUAGAGAAAUAACUACUCAAAAAAUGAACUACCAUACAAAUGAAAAAAAAACUUAACAAAUGGGCAUAAAACCUACUUUAUUUUCAAAAUCUAAUGUUGCUUGAUGAUAAAAUGAGCUAACGAGCUUUUGAUAUUUUGGAGAAAAAAAAACAACAACAAUAUUUUGUUACGUUCAAAUCCAGCUGAACAAAUAAAAUGUUUGUGCUGUGGAAAGAAUUACUUAUUGGGUGCUUAAUUUUAAUUUUACUGUUUCAGUAAAUGGUAUUACUGGCAGUAUUUCUUACACGCUUAUUUAUCAUUCAGUUGUUUAGAACGUACGUUCCUAUUGUUACAAUAAAUCAUCUUCCUCUU